AUGGCCGAUCUGGACUUCGACAUUCCUAACUUCAACCACAAGAUCGAGUAUUUUCGAGAAAUGCUGGAAGAAGAAAGAUGUCCUAUCUGCAAUCCCAAACAUCACCCGGCCAUAGAACUCAUGCUCCGUUGCUGGGGGCGUGGCGAGCUCCUUGAACAAAACAUUGGCACAAUCGAGCUCACUCCGCCACGAGGUGUUCCUACCCACUCAAUCUGA